GAUCAAGCACCUCUGGUCUCCGUACUCUCCGGUAAGGGUGUUGCUUGCUAGACAUCUGCCAAUCAACCGGGUUUCGCUGUCAGAAUCCUCUCGAGCCCAAAGAUGGCGGACGUACACCUCUACUAUGCUCAGGGCGCCUGCUCUCUGGCACCUCACAUACUUCUCCACGAAACAAGUUUGCCGUUCACAGUCACAGCACUAUCUGUGAAGUCAGGGUUCCCAUCCGAAUUUGAGCACAUCAACCCGAAGAAGCGGGUUCCCGUGCUAGUCAUCAAUGGACAAACCAUCACUGAGAAUCCCGCCGUCAUGCUGGUAAUAUCUCAGCUCGUGCCUGAGAAGAGUUUGAUGGGAAGGACAGACGUCGACCAGGUGAGGGUCUUGGAGUGGAUGAAUUGGGUUUCUGGUACACUGCAUGGUCAAGCAUUCGCAAUGGUUUUGAGACCGGCGCGGUUCUCGGAUGAUGAGACCUUGUACCCUGCUAUCAGGGAGAAGGGGCUCAAAACUGUAAAGGACUGCUUCGAGCAGAUUGAGGCAUGGUUGGGAAAGAUUGGAAACGAGUCCGGAGGUGUGUUCACGCUGGGCAACGGAGAAAGCUUUACUGCUGUCGACGGGUACUUGUAUGUCUUUUAUCGCUGGGGUAUGGGGAUGAAAAUGGGUAUGCAAGGGCUGUAUCCGUGUUAUACCAGACUUGCGAGGGCAUUGGAAGGAAGAGAGUCUGUCAGGAAGGCAUUGGCAGCCGAAGGGUUAGAGAAAGUGGUGGUUACUGGAGAAGUGAGGUUGUGAGGGAUCGAGGUGCUGGAAGCGAAGCAGUGGACACCAUCUCAACGGCAGCCGACUCGUCGAUGUCGUGGAAUGGCAAUGAGACAGUACAAAUGUUCUGGUGUUGUUGAGGUCGAUAGCUCUGGCUGACGAGGAAUCCAUUGCCCUGCACAUCGUCAGGAAGCG